AUGUGCAUCACAGGGGGUCUGGGAAUACCCGGAAGUGCCAGAGAAAGAACCAGUUCCCGCAAUGCUUUGGUAAGUAAGGCGUGGCUUCACGUGUGAUUCAGCACGGUUUCCCAAAUAAAUUAUCGCCAUUUGCCUAUAAAUACAGGCCAAAUUCAUGGCUGGUUAAAGUAGUGCUUUUCAUAGCUUACCUCGCUUGCCAGAGGCUACAUUUUCACGGUCAGAUGAGCCUCUCGUAUAGCUAAAAUGUACCCUUUGCUUUCAGGGUACAUGCGAUGCUGUUUUUGUCUUUAUUUCCUUCAAAAAAUGUAUAAUAAACAUGAUAAAACAUUUAUUAUAAUCAAGGUCUCGGCCCCGGCCUUCGGCUUGGCUGAUAACACUUACCUCGACCUUGAUUAUUCAGGCUAUCAAAAAAACCUCAUCCGAUAAUUGUUUAUUCCAGGGGGAAAAGGGAUCAGAUUUGAAUCGUUUUUAUGGUCGUUGUAAUAGAAUAGAUUUUUUGUUAUUGACCUUGCCUUCCAAGUAUCGUACUUUGUGCAGAUGAAUGGCCUGGUUGUGUGUCGAAUGUUGUUUGUUUGCAUUUAUUACAUUUUUUAGGCUGGUGUGUUCAUGGGGUUUUCGAUUACCUCAGCUGUAUUGGGCGGAAUUAUCAUCAUAUUUUACAGUAUUGCGAUUUCUGACCUCAGAAGAUAUCAUUCCUACAACGAGGAGGAAUAUUACUACUACCGUUAUGGGAUAACGGCAGAAAAACACAGCUAUCGUGGAAAGAUGGCCAUUCUUGCCAGCAUGCUUGUCUUGGGCAGUCUUACAUUCGGUGCUGGAAUCUGGGCAGCGAUUUGCACCUGUUUGAUGAAGCCAUGCGGUUGCUGCGGACAGCCGCCGGUAAGUUACGUGUAAUUCUUGGAGAAAUUCAUCAGAAUAAUGGCAUCAGGUUAAUAUAUAUUUAAAUAUUCUCAAAACAUAGCCAAGAAAAAGUCUUAAUGAUGCUGACAGUUUAGAUGACUGUCAGCCAUGUUUAUCAAAAAGUCGAAAAUCUUCACAGGUGUCAGAAGCAUGAAAUAGGCUUCUGACACUGAAGGCUUCACCUCUCUACUUCAUUUCAAGUCAUGAGCUGUACCUCAUCGUGUUUGGUGGCAAAAAAGGCUCUAGCCAUUAUUUAAAAUAGGCCACCAACGGUCUGAAAGUUACGACACCUUCGAGACCAACUGACAACCUCAAAAUAUGAUGUGAGACAUUCUGACAUGUUGAGGAGGUGAUGUUAAACACGUACGUUUCAAAGCUUGUGAGUUUUGCCUGAGACUUCUUACUAGGUCUUAAACUAAGCUUUGAUCUAUAUACUUCAGUGAUUUUGUGUAUUCGCAUGAGCAGCAGUAUUAUACACUUUUUCAGUUCUCAUCAUAUGCAUCCAUUUGGCAAUAACUGUUGCAGAAAGAAACCAUUCAAUCUACGAGUUUUUAAAGUCGGAAUCAGUGGCGAAUCCAGGGGAGGGGUCCCAGAGGACCCGCAGCCCUUAUCUCUGGGUCUGGAUGAUCGCCCCCUGCCCCCCCGCCCCUCCCUUAUCUGAAGGUCUGGAUCUGCCACUGGCCAUUAAUGACAAUUCCGAUGUCCUGCUGCUUAUAAGCUCUGGGCUUACACAUCUUCGUAAGGGGUUUUAGGAGGGUUUAUAAACGGGGUGGGGGGCGGCGGCGAGGAGUAGCAGUGCUACUCAAAAUACGUUUUGCAUUUACUGGCUCAUUUGAUAAGGCUUAACUUCACCUUCAUAAUAAAUCGAAUUUCCAAUUGGGAUGGCUUAUAAUCAGAUCUAUUCUUUUGUUCAGACAGGUGGAUUGUCCUAUAUCUGGAUGGGCUUAUAAGUGCGGGGGGUGCUUGUUGCAAGCGGCCGUGUUUACGGUAUUAUACUACUGCAUCAGAAAUUUCUGCAAUUUGAUUGGCUUAGAGCAGGGGUAUUUCAGCUUAAUUUGAAAUACCUACAUGUGAAAAUUACAAACCUUUUGUAGGUAGUAGCAUAAACAAAUAAUAGCAUGAUUUGUACGUGAUAUUUGUUUGUGUAAUCAAAUGGUGAAGCGUGAAAUUAGGGAAUGAUUUCACGCGCGUUUUGUCCAAAUCCUAAUAAUUUCCCUCUCCUAACGGCUCGGGGAGUUAUUAGGAUUUGCACAAAACGCAAGUGAAAUUAUUCCCUAAUUUUGAACAUGUUUGUCCUGGAUCGUAUCGAUCGAGAACUCCACUCUCUCAAAAAUUUAGACCUUAAAUUAAAGUUCAGAAUUUUCAAAAUUCUUCGACAAAAUACUUGUUAAAAUCCAUCUUGAUGUUCUCUUGUGUGCUCAGGUUUUCUAAAGCGUCUUUUUGCGCCCUGACAUCUUUAUUCACGGCAUUUUAAAACUUCGUCGCCAUCUUGACACUGAGACGUACGGAAGGUUGCCAUCAUAUGGUAAUUUUGUAAUUUCACAUGCGAAAUUACAAAUUAGUAUGUGUAAUCAAAUGGUGACGAGUGAAAUGAGGGACUAAUUUCACGCGCGUUUUGUCCAAGGCUCGGGAAAUUAUUAGGAUUUGGACAAUCCGCAAGUGAAAUUAUUCCCUGAUUUCACGAGUAUACCAUUUGAUUACUUAUUAAUAUCAUGGGUGACGUAUUACGUUAGCAAUCUUGGGUUUUUGACAUGUUUAUCCUGGAUCGUAUCGAUCGAGAACUCCAAUCUCUCAAAUGUUUGGACCUUAAAUUUGGCUCAUAAAGUUCAGAAUUUUUCAGAAUAUUUCGGCAAAAUACCUGUUAGAAUCCUUCUUGAUGUUCUCUUGUGUGUUCAGGUUUUCUAAAGCGUCUUUUUGAGCCCUAAAAUCUUCAUUCACGGCAUUUUAAAACUUCGUCGCCAUCUUGACACUGAGGCGUACGGAAGGUUGCCUUGGCAAUUUUGUAAUUUCACAUGUGAAAUUACAAAUUAACGCUGAAAUUUCGCGCCAAAAUUAAGGAGUAAUUCGUCACCUAUGAUAUUAACGCUGAAAUUUCAGGCCAUUAUACUAUUACAUGAGAAAUUUCUGCAAUUUGGUUGGCUUAGAACAGUGGUAUUUCACCUUAUUUUGAAAUACCUAAAUGUGAAAAUUACAAACCUUCCACGGAUAGUAGUAUAAACAACUAAUAACAUGAUUUGUACGUGAUAUUAGCCACAAAUACCACUUGUGAUAUUUCAAAAUUGUCUCAAUUACGUGUAACAAUUCAAAAUAUCACUCGUGGUAUUUAUGCCAAAUAUCACUACAAAGCAUGCUAUUACCUAUACUAAUUUAUUAGCACUGGAAUUCACAUAUUUAAAAUAAAUUCCAGGCAGGCUAUCGCUGCUGGGAGGCUUUCUGAUGUAAUCACUGUACGAUAUAAAUGUGACGUUAAGGCCCUUUGGUAACCGUAAGCGAGGGCCCUGAAUAAAACACUGCACUCUUAGCUUUUUUCAUUCUUCUCUCAUAAUUCUUCUUCUGUUCUUCACUAUUUUAUUGCAUUGAGUUUGCGUCGUGAGUACGUUGUGUGAGUAAAAUGCCUGAAAAAGUUACAACAACCAUAAAAAUAUCGGGGAAAAAAGCGACAAGUGUUUUUUAAAAGCCUUCUAUGUAGUUUAGUUUAUGCUCUUAAAAAAGUGGUAAAAUUUUGUACCCAUAGUAGAUCUAGAGUGUCAGUGUAUAUGCCAGAAUAAUUUUCGUAAUAUGUUAAAUUAUUACAGGUAGACCAGCAGAUGUACGGUUACCCAGCUAGUGGUUACGCCAUGUCCGCGGGAGGUGUUCCUGUGGCUAUUCCAAUGCAGGCAAUGCAAGCAGGCGCCAGCGGUGCUGCAGCACAGGGUUACCAUCAACCGAUGGUGCUAGUGCCUGUAUCUGGUGCAGCGGGGGGUCAGCAACUUAUUGCUCAAGCUACCUCCCCUGGGGGAAUUGUCACCGGUACCCUUCAGCAGCAACAGAUGGAGGCUGGAAUGUCACAUUCGUUCGUAGAUACUAGAGGUUACGCAGCUAAACCCAACGAACAGGUUUGUCUGAUACUCUCGAUUGUUAUAUGGAAAAUGCAGGAAACCUGAGCGAUCUUGCUUCGGAAGGAGAACGAGACAAAAAUGUACAAAGUACAUUGAAAUUUAGCGGGUAAAAGCAUUCAUAUAGUUAAAACUUUAAUAUAAGCAGAAGUAAAGACAUAAAAUUGCUUUCGAGCUUUGCGACAUGUUCAUUAGUUUUAAAGAGGCUAGAACGAAACGUUUUUCAUCAACAUAUCAGUAUGACCUCUGUCGGGAGCCGACUCUGUAGAAUACACCGACACUAAGACUAGCAAAUGACCGAAACGUUAUGUAGCGUAUUACUUCACAGUGCCUUGAGAUAAGAGAGCGGGAGGGGGGAGGGUGUCUCCAAAAAAAACGUUUCGCCCCAGUUUGGUCUAGAAAUAAGGGGUAGCUCGGACCCCCGGGCCCCUCCUCUGGAUCCGCCACCUCUUCACUCCCACUAAACUGUUCCGGUCACAUCUAACACUUUUUCUGUUUUCCUUUGUUUUUAUAGAUGCAAGUAGCGGUCUAGACGUAACUGGAAAAUUCUUAAUCAGCUAUAUUAAUAUUAGAUAUUAAUACAAGUGGGGCUGUCGCUAUAAACUGACUUUGAACAAGCACAAAAUAUAGCAUUAGGAAUAAAAAGGCUCAUCUUUAAGAAUUUUUUUUUGUUCGGGUGCCAAUUCAUAGCGCACUUUAAAAGGAGGAGCUCUCUCAAACAGAACAAACCUAUGACCACCAGUCACGGAGUACUGGUUAGCCAGUCUUGGAAGAACUGAACUAUGUACAGUUGACCCUUUGACGUACGAGAUAAAUUGGGUACUAAAAGUCCCCCUCCCCCACCUAAAAACCCUUAGGGUUUUGCUAUUUAUUUGCUGCUUCAUCUUGUUAGGUAGCUGUUAAAUUAUUUAUCGGACACGUUAUGACGAAGUUUGAUGAAAGACAGUUGCUAUGCGAGAAAUGACGUGAUAAAGUGACAUGAAAUAAAGCCAUGUUCGGCCAAAGUGGAUAACCCUUGUUAACUCGAACCAAAAUCGAUUUUCCCUGGAUUACCUUCAUACAUUUACUGUAAUUUUACUUUCGAUAACUCAAACCUUCCGCUAACUCGAAGUAGCUCAGAUCAUUUUAUAUUCAUAAAUUUAACUCAGAUCAUUUAUAUAUAAAUUUACCCGGAUAACUCGAAUCAUUCUUUAAAAGUCUGACAAGUCGAAAAAUGUUUACUGCAAGUGUGAAACAUGGAAAUUAUUUUAACAGCCAUGUAGUCUUUGUCUUUAUCUUUUGUCCAGUUUAAAUACAGUGUCCAGCACUGUGAAUUUAUCAAGUUUUGAAGUGUGAAUGUUACAUUAUUUGCUUCUUGCUUGAACUCCCGGCCUCUAACGUACACGAACCUUUUUCCCUAGAAGAUUCGAGUUAUCUCGGGGAGUCGACUGUAGUUACUCAGCCUGUCGCUCAAUGUAAUUAAGACAAUCAGGAUUCCGGACUGCUGGUGAAAUCCGAAAUCCAGGAAAACUUUGCUUGUUGAAUCUGGAAUCCCGGGUUUUGAAAUCCGCAAUCCGGAGUCCCACUAACGAUUACCUGGAAUCGGGAAUCCAUGGCACGGAAUCCAGAAUCCAAGACUGUGCUUGAUACCCUUACAUCGGGCGACAGCCUGGUUUUCUGAUAUGUCGGAAAAAUUUCGAAAACCACCUCCGUUUUUGACGAUGUGCCAGGAAAAUUCCAUAGAUUCUUCCAGAUGCCAUUCUGAUAGGGUGGAAAACACUAGAAUUAAGUGGUUAGAAGAUUGAGUCCGAGCAAAAAUGAUCGCUUAUCGAUCCCCGACGGUGCAAAUUUGACUCAGUGAGGG